AUGUCUUCACCUGCAGACGGAUCGCGAUCCCCACCUCCUCUUAGAACAUCACAGCGCGCCUCGUCUUUUUUCACAUACCCCGUUUCGUACGCCGUUGGUGGCAUUCUUCGACGACUGAACUCUGACGCAAGUCCGCCUGCGACUACAGAUACCUCCGCAAACAACACUCCGAAUAGACGGCAAUCACAACUGGCAUCAACAGCAAACUCCCUGUCCCAUUCGCUUGCCAGUCUUGUGUCGAAUACGGCGACAUCGCUCUCUUCAUACACCGCAGACCCCAACGCAGACAUGCACGGCGCACUCCACAACCCACAUCGAACAGCGAGCCCUUUUCAGCCGCCGCCGCUCACACCACUAAGCCUGACAGGAUGGAGGGAGGGAAUGCGGGAGAGUGGAAAGCUGUUGAACACGGCAUUGGCAGAGGAGAUCAGGCUGCUGGUACCGCCACGACUGCAACUUGUGGACGAGUGGAGCCUCAUGUACAGUCUGGAGCAGAAUGGGGUCAGUUUGGCCACGCUAUACAAGAAUGCAGAUGACUACAGAGGAAAGAGGGGAGGAUUUGUGCUGGUCAUCAAAGACGCCGGUGGCGGUGUGUUUGGCGCAUACCUCUCCGACGCACCACAUCCAGCAUCUCAUUUUUACGGUAAUGGCGAGUGCUUCUUGUGGAGAGCCCACAUCCUCACGGCCCUGCCUGAUCUCGCAAAUCUGCCGCCGCCUCCGUCAGCAGACACCACGAAUGCGACCAGGAUGACAACGAUCGCUGCAACGAAAUCCAAGUCAGAUACACUGUCACCUCCGGGAUCGGGGCGAGCGAGUAGAAGUGGGACAAAUACACCGGAGAGGAUAAGAUUCAAGGCAUUCCCGUACAGCGGGGUGAACGAUUACAUGAUCUUCUGCGAGCAUGGCUUUUUGAGUAUCGGUGGAGGCGACGGUCACUACGGGCUGUGGUUGGACGACAACCUUGAGAAUGGCGUAUCGGCCACAUGUCCAACGUUCGGCAAUGAACCGCUAAGCGAUGAUGGCACUAAAUUCAAGGUCAUGGGUGUAGAGCUUUGGUACCUUGGAUCGUGA